UACAACAGACUUUACUCUUGCUAUGAAGGACUUCCAUACAAAGUUCACCAGGAGAAGGACCCUUCGGGCCAUCAGCGAAAGGCAGCGAGUGACCCUGGACGUCAUACAGAGGUGGGAGGUGCAGCACAUUGAAAUACAAGACACAACUCCUGUCACUGGUGUGCUCUACCUGGAUGGGAUGACAUCGCCUGUCAUUGAUAUUGCUGACCCUGCACAGGUUCGAGAGCAGCUGCUGGACAUGACGGAGCAGAAAUGCCACGUGUACCUCGGUGGGAUCCAGACCAUGCACUACAGAACAUUCGAAGACAAGAUAGGACUUCCAGGAAUGCUGGGCACUGUAGUAGGGGAUGUGAAACCCUUCUGUGGGAGCCGGAAGAUAGGACUUCCAGGAAUGCUGGGCACUGUAGUAGGGGAUAUGAAACACUUCUGUGGGAGGAAAGCCUUCAGGUUGUUGAGAAAUGAGCCAAGAAUCUUCAGGGAGACCGCAUCAAACAGUAUGCUCAACGCUAAGACCUAUACAUAUCUAGUGCCUGGGUUCCUGCCCUGUCCAUCGUCAUCCAUUAGCGACGGCGUUAAGGCCGGCCUCAUCUCAGCCUCAUGUCGCAGCAAGCAUCCUUCAUCUCCUUACAUCAACAUUAUCUCAACACCGACCGGACAAGACAUUCGCUGACUUAGGCCUCGUCCUGAUCCUCGCCCUCACCGCCAGGUCCUUUCCUUCCUCAAUGACAAACUCGCGUGCACAACAACAUCUUCUUUCACCCGCCUGAUGGUAACAAUGUGUAUGUAUGUGUAUGCAUGUAAUUAACGUUAAUUUAUAUCUUUUUGUGUGUGAUUAUGUAUAUCUUUGAAAACGAUCAUUCACAUCAAAGCGUGAUUGCUCUCUGUGUGACAAUGGCUCAACUCAAGCAAGUCUGCACGAGCUGCGGCUCAACACACUUUGCUACAAAAUGCAAAUGUUACAGUAAUUCUUGUAUUAAUAUUAUAAAGCAAUAAACUUUACUUACUUAGCUACACACACACACACACACACACACACACACACACACACACA